AUGGAGCCUCAAGAUCUAACCAAAGUGGUGCUGCUGGCUUGUGGGUCUUUCAACCCCAUAACCAAUAUGCACCUGCGUAUGUUUGAACUGGCACGGGAUUUCCUGGAGGAUACAGGUAUGUCUAUUGAUAAUCUGUCGUCUGUAACAGAUUAUGAAUUUGUAAAUCAUCACUUUAUUGUAUUUUGUGAGUUUAGGACCUAAUUCCUUAGACAUUUGCAUUGCUUCCCAAUUAUGAGAAGUAGGCCUAGACCUAGUCAAAUAAGAGUGGUAGUAUUUUGUAUUUAACUGAAUUUGUUUUGUCAUCAUGUGCUCUACUGUAGGCCCUAUGUAGCUCAGUUGGUAGAGCAUGGCGUUUGCAAUGCCAGGGUUGUGGGUUCGUUUCCCGCGGGGGGCCAGUAUGAAAAUAUAUGCACUCACUAACUGUAAAAAUGACUAAAAUCUAAAAAUCUACAAAAUUAGCUGGCCCAACUCCUCUUUCUUUAUGUCUCAGGACAGUACAUAGUUGUGAGGGGCAUCAUCUCUGCAGUGGGUGACGGCUAUAAGAAGAAGGGUCUGAUUGAGGCCUGUCACCGUGUAGAUAUGGCCAGGCUGGCCACAGACACCUCUGACUGGAUCAAGGUAGACGCAUGGGAGAGCCAGCAGCCUGACUGGGUGGAGACAGCUAAAGUGAUGCGGUGA